AGAUGAACAAACUGCAGGACAUUCUGCAGACCUCAGAAGAUAAUCCAGAUGCAAGUGGGCAUCCUUCCACCUCCACAUCAUGGGGCUUGCGCCAAUCUGCAGCCCAAGAUGAGUGGCGGAAAGCGAGGUCUCAUCAUCUGAGCUGCUUGCUGUCCUGCAACGUGGUUCCAGAGAAGAACUGCAGCCACUGCACAUCUCCUGCCAUCAUUCGAUGCAGAGACUGCAUGCCAGAGGAGUGGCUGUGUACGGAGUGUGACAUACACAUCCACAAAAAACACACACUCCAUAACAGGGAGUCCUGCAUUGGGGGAAUUUACAAGCCCAUAGAGCCAACAGUGUGCUGCGUAAAGCAAAAUGGCGGAUAUACACUCGUCAAUCAAGUAUGUCUUUUGCCUACAGUGAGGCCUGUCCAGUUGUGCACGUGUGAUCCUGCAACCAUAACAGAAUCAGCUGGUAGAGCAAUAAUUAUGGUUUGCAUAAAUGGUCGGUAUGAUUUGCACUUGCCAAACUUGUCUUGCAAAUUAUGUCUGACACAGUGGACACCUGACAUGAGUGACCUCAUACGCAGUGGGUACUGGCCAGCAUCUGUGAAUGCUGACACAUUGUUUUCAAUGGAUGUCUUUACUUCAUUUGAAGAGUUGAAAACUGUGGCUCCCAGUUUGUCGCGUCAGGGUUUUUUGCGGAUGUUGGAGAAGAGGACCUGUCAAUUUGGAAGGGCUGGCAAAAUCCACGGAGACGUAUUCCAAAGGAGUUAUUUGGAGUACACAUUCUGCCAGUACCAUUGUGAGAAUAUGGCCAGUGUAGAGCACUUCACCUGCCCGGCGUGUACACCCAACAUGAUAGCUCUUUGCGCAGAUGGCAACAGAAAGCAGUACCGAUUUCGACAGUCAAAAGGGUCAGAGCAACCAUAUUUUGACGGUACUUUCAUCGCCAAGGACGCUGAAGUACAGCAUUUUGUUGAGGAGAUCAGGAGUAAAAUGAAAAGUACUGCCGGCAGAGGAAUCUGUGGAGCCAGUCGGUGGUCUGCUGCACGGGAGACAGCCAGAAGAGCUAGUAAACUGGAUGAAGAGGGCAUUGAGGUGGUUGUUUGCCGACACGGAGUGCUAUUGAAGGCCCUCAACAUGUAUAGGGGGGAAAUAUUUGCUUAUCCGCUGUUCCUGCAAAAGGAGCUUCAGGCAGCCACAAAUGGACAGUUCUUUUGCACGGAUAUUGCUUGCAAGUAUUGGCCCUACCUUGAAAAGUUGUCGGUCUCCAUGUCAGAACUCAGACCUUUACUGCAGAUGAGACCAUUCCUUUCUGUCAUGCAUGCCAAGGCCCAUUCAACAAAGUGUGAGAUAAUCUGGAGUGGCAAAAAUCAAGAGGGUGCUGGUACAACUGCAGGGGAGGAGGUCGAAAUGGUAAACAGCUACCUCUCUCGUUGUGCCCUCACAACCAAGUACAUGACAAAAUCUGCCAGGAAUGACAUGUUAACAGUCCAUGCUAUUGGAUGGAACCGACGGAAGCAGGAAGGCCUUCAUCUUGCAUUAUCCAGCAGAUACGUCAAGACUUGUGAAAAGGCGGAGGCUGAUUCUCAGAGACUGGAAGAUUUGACCAAUCAUCUUGGUUGCCCUGAGAACAUGGUGCAUCAGUGGGUUCAUGAUGUCAGAGAAUGGGCUUCCGAUGAUUCUGCAGGUACCAGAUGUGAUGACCAACAACCUCUUCAAGAAUCAAUUGAAGAAAUGUUCCUUGCGGUUCAUCACAGAAAAGCCAGCCUUUAUAAUCAGACUGACAGCAACAAAAUCCGACAGUUGCGACGAAGGAAAUUGGGAGAAGAGAAGAAAAAACUGUUUGAAAAAAUCAAGCUGUACAAUGAGCAGGUUGCAGAUGAGGAGCGCAUCCUUGAGGAUAAGGUGGAAAGCAGACUCUCUGUGGUGGAAGGAGACAGUGGGGCAGACUGUCUAAUAUGGCCGUGGGAAGUGCACAGCAGAGAAUCGAGCAAUAUCCUUACGAAGAAGAAGAUUUUUGAUGUUUACAUGUCAAAAAUGCGGCUUCAAGAGGAAAAGAUCAUUUUGAUAAGGGAGAUGAGACAGCAUUGCACCUACCUCAGAAAGCUGGCCUGGAGUCUCCGCAAAAUGAUGUCCGAAAUGUCUUCUGGCAGGAACAGUGGCAGUUUAAGUGAAGAGGGGCAUCGUGGGCUGCUGUGUCUUCAUCAGAAAAGGCUUGCUGAUGUGGAGGAGAAGUUCCAAGUCGUUAGCUCAAGGUACAGCCAGGCUUUAGGACCGAAUGCUGCUUCUCUGCUUGAGGAUGGACCCGAGGACAUACCGGAGGACGACAAAGAACAUGUAUAUGAGAGUUCAGAUGAGAGUGAUUUUGAGGCAGUGUAAACCAGUUUUUCGAAACACUAGCUUUAUAGAUGGAAAGGUAUUGCAUCGGAUUUAUGUAUGUCAAGCGCGAUAUAAUCUUCCCUGCAAGAGCAUGUAUGACCUCCAGCUCUCUCAGAGCAGACACUUCCUCACACGAGGUGGCUGCUCUGUGCGCGUACUGUGUAGUUUCAUACAUGAAGAUGUCAUUAUGUAACUCUUCCAAUGCUUUGUGUCACGCUCUCAGCUACCUGCACGAGUCUUGGUUGUAGAAUUGUUAUGCAAAGACUAAAAUCUGUGCGCAGCAUAUAUAAUUUGCUUGUGAGCAUGUUUUAUCCUGCUCGCGACAUAUGACAUAAAUCUGAUCCAAUAUUCAGAAAAAUAUGAAAACAACACAUACAAAACUACAAAACCAAUACAACAACAAAUAUGUGCUGCAAAUAUAAAAAUAUGUAGCUAAAUGCCUUAACUAAUACGCAACUGCAAACUGCUCUAAACACAAAUUAAGUAAAAAACAAACACUGAAUACAAGUGCAUUAACAGGGAUUGACCACACCUAGAGGAUGACACACACCACGCAAACUAUUUAAAUUCAUUUUUACAAUGACAAUGUAGUAAUUGUAAUUUCUCUGCAGUUACAUCUGCCAUGUCGUGUUGUACAUUUGGUUGGCUGUCAGUGUUUUCUAUCUAUAACUAUUUUCCAUCAAAUCGCUCUGAAAGUGAUCCCAAACAAUAUUGUUUACCACUGUUUGUCAUUAUUACAUAUAUAUCAUGUCAUGCUGUUUCACUUAGCACUCCUUUUUAGACAAGUAGAACUGUUUUGACUAGAUAUGCAGUGUUUAAGUUGCAUAUGUUUUGGGGGUUUGGAAUAUUCACUGCAUGUUUCUGCUAGCAUAAGUGCUUUGAACCACUGUAGCGCAUUUGCCCAGGUCGGCCACUGUAUGAAACAGCAUUGAUCGUAUGACACGCAUAACGGCAACAUGAAUGUCCAAAAGGCAAAGAGAUAAUCAUAUUUAAAUAGCUACGUUAAAGAUAUCUUUACCGUAUCUGCCCCAUCCGUUUGGGGGCAGAGGACUAAAUAUUGUAAAAUCAUGCUCUUAACUGUAGAAUUAAUCGUCAUUCAAAAAUGUGAAAAAC